UCAUUUUAACUCAGUUCUAAGUUCUAACCAGAUGAGCUACCUUGCUGCUCUCUUUCUACAGCUCUCUCAUACUCAUUAUCUGGUUUGUUCAUGCAAGAUCCGAAGAACUCAUCACAAGCAAGGAAGCCCUGGUACCAAAGAGCAAUGCAGAUGGCUACAGUUUGGAAGGGUAGUGUAGCAAAACCAACUGAAAUUCCAACACCAAAUGCUAGUAUAUGGAAAACUAUUUCGAGAUCAACAGAAAUUCCAGGUACAAAUUCUAACAGGCACAAGCUAAGGAAAUGCACCUCUUUGAAGGUUGCUUCAUCGUUUACUCGAGUUUGUUUGUGUGCGCCAAUCUCCUCCUACACUGAAGUUUUCCAUGGUGAUGUUCCACCUAGAAGGAGUAAUAGUUAUCCAAGAUCAAAACCAGUUCCCAUACAGCAAGAAAUUAGAACUCCAAGCGGGAGAAUUAGCACGGAAGGGAGGAAAAUUUUUCGCGGAAAAUCAUUGACAGAUGAUGUGCUAAUGAGGAGAUUUGUGAUUGAAGAAGAAGCAAUGAUGCAACUUAGGAGAAGGAAUGAAAUGGAAAUUAUUAGAAGAAGAAGUGCCAUGAGAAGGAAAAAACUUGGUCCGAGUCCUCUUAGUAGAAUGGUUUUGGCUGAGGAAGAAUGACCUCAAAUAAAAAUUUGCUAUAUCUUUAUUCUUUCUUUUUGCCAUCUUUUUGGCUUUGCAAUUGUGGUAUAUUGCUUGUGCUUUUGGAUGGAAAAUAUUUUUCCAUGUAAUUCUCUUUGCGAUUAAACAUUUACUCGAGA